GAGAGAGAGGAGGGUGCUGGGAGCUGAAGCCCCACCUUUCAUUCCUGAGAAGUGUACAGACGUUUGGGGAUGAGUCACAGGCUCCGGUGCGCCGGAUUCCCAAAGGUGAGGGACUGAGUCCUCUGUUCUGGAAAACGCGGGGCUCGCGCCUCCCAGAGUGGCCUUGGCUGGUGUGUGGAGCCCUGGGUCUGCCCGGUCUGGUCUCUGGGGCCAGGGCUGGCUUUCCCUCAUGUAUGGCAAGAGCCCUACACGCGCGGUACUGCUUCUCUUUGGCAUCUGGCUCACAGCUCUCUGGCCGAUAGCAGCUGUGGAAAUUUACACGUCCCGCGUCCUAGAGGGUGUCAACGGGACAGAUAUUCGGUUAAAAUGCACUUUUGCCAGCUUUGCCCCUGUGGGUGACUCACUAACAGUGACUUGGAAUUUUCGCCCUCAAAAUGGGGGACCUGAGCAGUUUGUAUUCUACUUCCAUGUGGAUCCCUUCAAACCUAUGAGUGGACAUUUUAAGGAUCGGGUGGUCUGGGAUGGGAACCCUGACCGCUACGAUGUCUCUAUCAUUCUCUGGAAGCUGCAGUUUGAUGACAAUGGGACGUACACCUGCCAGGUGAAGAACCCACCUGAUGUUGAUGGGCUGAUCGGGGAGAUUCGGCUCAGCGUCGUGCACACUGCUAGCUUCUCUGAGAUGUACUUCCUGGCUCUGGUCAUCGGCUCUGCCAGUGCACUGAUGAUCAUAGUAGUGAUUGCUGUGGUCCUCUUCCAGCAUUUCCGGAAAAAUCGAUGGGCUAAAAGAGCUCAUAAAGUAGUAGAGAUGAAAUCGAAAGAAGAGGAAAAGCUCAACCAGGAAAAAAAGGUCUCUGUUUAUUUAGAAGACAUAGACUAACAUUCUUAGAUGGAAGUCUGAAGAUUUCCAAGAAUAAGAAUCCUAGGAUACUCUGAAGUUAAUGGAAGCUUUUCUUUGACUUUUCUAGUUGGGGCCGGUCUUCCAACCAGCUCUGCAGUAGAUAACAACCCAACUGAGCAAGAUCCCUCUGAGCCAGCGACCCCUCUGGUCUCUUUGAGCAGAUAAUAGCACACACAGUCCCACAUUAAGGUUUUAUUUAAUUUCAGAGUGUAACUAUUUCUCAAAUGUUCAUUGACUUUAUAUACAAAGAAACUACAUUUCUGCCCUUGGAUAUGAUGUGUAUACAGAUGUUGGCACCAAGUGGGAUAAAAAUCAACUUCUUGUCAUAUUUCAUUUUUUUAGAGCAGCAUUUUUGCUACUAAAGUUCAUGUAUUUACUCUUUCCUUCUCACAUUCCUGUUCAAUAAGUGAGCUAAUUCUUCCAGCUGUUUUUAAUUUAUUAACAGAAAAUUCUAUAUUCAAACUGUUAAGCAACAGUUUGAUUUUUAUGGCUCUUCUUAAAUAUGGGAUAUUAUCAUUUUAUUGAAUUUCUUUCGCUAUCCCAGUUUUUUUUUUUCCUGUCAAAUGACAAAGUUUACAAUAACACAAGUAUAAAUCACAAAGUCGAAAAGGCUAGAUAAAGGCUAACAGAUUGACAAAUGCCACCUCUGCCAGUAUGGUCUGUCACCUUUUUUUCUGUGUUACUUAAAAAAAUCUGCUGUGAGGAUCUUUCAGUAAUCUAUAACAGCAACAGAGCUAAGUUUAUGCUCUGAGACUACUAUACUUGUCAACUGGAAACAUUAAACAGUUAAAUAUGAAGAUUGUGAAAUAGACUAGUACAACUUUGAAAAUAUAGGGUUGGUGAGAAAAAUCAACCCUAAAUAUUGAUAAUUGUGUACAGUGCUAUACAGAGCUCUGAGAACUGAAAGAAAUUAUUUAAAUUGCCUCUCUCUCUCUGUUUUAAUUCACUGCUGGAGGAUUUGGUGUGGAACAAAAAAAGCCAGACUAACAAAAUGAAACACACUUCUUUUUUCCUUAUGCGUAGAUAACACAAACUUAAACGUGGGCGACAGCCCGUUACUCUUCAGUGUGACUCUUCAGUGUCUUUCCAAACUCAAGCUGCAGCAGCAAUCAUUCAAAUGAUAGAAAACAUUUAAAAGUGUAGAGCCCUCAAAAAUCUCUACAGUUUUCACUGGCUGAGCUGAACAUGUUUUUAAAAACUGGGGUUAUCAAAUAGGUUAUUUGUACUUAAAAGUACUGAACUUUAACAAUUACCCAAAACAUAAAAAAAGCUAUAAUUUACAAUAUAAAUCUUGAUUCUGAAACAUGUUUCAUACCUGAAUCAUUUAGCUUUUUUAUACUGUCUAAAAAAGUAAAACUUCAAUACCCAACUUAGGAACUAAAAAUUAAAAAUCCAUAUUUUUAAUUCACAUUUUCUACUUUUUUCAUAAUUCAACUUUUGAAAAUGUAAUCACUGGCUAUUUUUUCAAUCAGUUGGCUUGGGCAAUGUUCCAUAGUGUAAUGAAGUAGUUUAAAACUCAUGGAAUUUCCUUCCAGAAAAACUUGUAGUGCUGCAUCUUGGCUAAAUGUUUCAGGGUUAGUAGGACUCUCCGUUCAAUGUCUUCUUCCUAAAGAAAAUUUUUGUAUUGUAAUUUAUUUUUUAUUGUGCCUUAAAAACCUAUGUAAAUAAACUUUAGUAGUAAA